ACAAUGCCGGUUAUUAAUGUAGAUGAUUUGACGGACAAAGACAAAGCAAAAAUGGAAGUAGAUCAGCUGAAAAUUGAAGUGAAGCUUGAGAGAGCAUUGGUAUCUAAAUGCUGUGAGGAGAUGAGAGAUUACAUUCAGGGUGGAGUUGAUGAGGAUAUUCUUGUCAAAGGUAUUCCAGAGGAGAAAAACCCAUUCAAAGAGAAAGGUGGAUGUGUCAUUUGCUAACGCGGACAGAGGAGUCGUCUUCAUUUCCUCAG